CUCUAGGGAGGAGAGUUUGCAAUGGAGGGUGGAGCAAUGACUAUGGAGUAAGUGGUUUUCAAGGUGAAGAGGCUGAGCCAAAGACCACGGCCAAUAAAGGUCCAGUCUUGCUUUUGUGCGACCAAGAGAGCAGAAGCCAAGCGAUUUCAUUAGGUGUUUCACAGUCUAACAGCGUGGCCUUUCUUUCAAAGCCUCUCCAAGGCCACUGUGUAAUCCAGUCUGCUCCCCAGCGUCUUUGCUUCCUGGUGAGUGGUCCCCCGUGCUCUAGCUUGACCAUGACUGGAUGGAGCUGCCUUGUGACCGGGGCUGGAGGGUUUCUGGGACAGAGGAUCAUCAGCUUGCUGGCCGAGGAGAAGGGGCUGCAGGAGAUCCGAGCCCUGGACAAGACCUUCAGACCGGAAUUGCAAGAGGAAUUCGCUAAGCUCAAGCACAAGGUCAAGCUGACGCUGCUGCAGGGAGACAUCCUGGAUGAGCAGUGCCUGCAGAGAGCCUGCCAGGGCAUGUCGGUGGUCAUCCACGCUGCCGCCGUCAUUGACGUCAGCGGGGCCCUCCGCAGAGAGGUCCUCAUGAAUAUCAACCUGAAAGGUACCCAGCUGAUGUUGGAGGCCUGUGUCCAGAUGAGCGUGCCCAUAUUCAUCUACACGAGCUCCAUCGAGGUGGCUGGGCCCAACUCCUACACCGAGGUCAUCCAGGACGCCUGCGAGGCCCAGAACCUCGAAUCGAAAUGGGCCGCCCCGUACCCGUACAGCAAAAAGCUUGCCGAGAAGGCUGUGCUGGCGGCCGACGGUCGCACUUUGAAAAACGGAGGCACCUUGUACACCUGCGCGCUCCGGCCCAUGUACAUCUAUGGGGAGCGCAACAGAUUCCAUUCUGCGCAAGUCAAUGAGGCUCUGCAGAACAACAGGGUCCUGGCGGAAUUCGCCAAGCAUUCCUUCAUCAACCCGGUGUACGUGGGCAACGUGGCCUGGGCUCACAUUCUGGCCUCAAAAGCCCUGCAGGAUCCCAAGAAAGCACCGACUGUCCGGGGCCAGUUCUACUACAUCUCGGAUGACACCCCGCCUCAAAGCUACAGUAACUUCCUUUACACCCUGAGCAAAGAGUGGGGUUUCCGCCUGGAUACCAGAAUGAAACUUCCCGUGUUCCUGCAGUACUGGAUUGCCUUCCUGCUGGAAAUGGUGAGCUUCCUGCUGAGCCCGAUUUACAAGUAUCGACCCCCCUUCAACCGCCACCUGGUGACAUUGUCCAACAGCGUGUUCACCUUCUCCUGUAAGAAGGCCCAGCAAGACCUGGGAUACAAGCCGCUCUACAGUUGGGAAGAAGCCAGACAGAGGACCACCCAGUGGAUAGGCUCCCUGGUCAACCUGCACAAGGAGGCCCUGAAGGCCAAGGUUCACUGACGGAGGGCAGGGAUGUGGGUCUGGGUGCUGCUUGGCCAUGGCUGUGCCGUUCCUACUACUGGCUUCCUGCAGAAUGUCACAUGAGCCCAAGCAUACAUCCCACAACCCCUUCCACAAGAAAGCCACCCUUGGAUCUCCCAGUGGCCAGCAAAAAGGGUACCCCCACUGCCCGACCCAAACACCUCCCCGCACACUCCCGGCCCAAUCCAACAUCUCCCCACCCACUGCCCCCUACCAAUCCCCUGGGACACAGCGUUAUUAGCUUCGGCUACCUUUCCAAAGUCUCUGGUGCUACUUGGGGUAUCUUUUAACUACAAUUUGUGCCUAUUAGAUCCAAUUAUGCUUUUUAAUUUUUCCCCCAAUUUUCCUUUUAAAAGCACUACUUUUUCUUAAAAACUCUGUAUUCAUUUAUCCAGCUCAAUGAAAGGAAUAAUAAAAUUUUAAAGCUC